AUGGCUUCCAACAUCUUCAAAGGAAAGUUUCACCACACCUCACCCCUCUCCUCUUCCACAGCUGUCUUGGCUGCUCUCUGCAUCCUCAGUUUCCUCUGCUCACAAGGAGCCCCAGUGUCCCCCAUGGGUGCUCACCUGAUGCUGUGCCAGUCACACACAAGAUGUGGGAACCAGUUCUACGACCCCCAGCAGCACUGUUGCUAUGACAACGCUGUGGUGUCCUUGGGCAGGACCCAAAAAUGUGGAAACUGCACCUUCAGGGUCUGCUUUGAGCAGUGCUGCCCCUGGUCACUCAGACCCCAGGAGACCUUCGUGGUGAAGGUGAAAGGCCAGAAGUGUUCCCUGGCCCUGUCCUCUGAUGACAGAGUUUGUAGCAGUGUCAGCUGACAGAAGACCAGAUGACAAGAUGGCCAGAUGACGGCCAGAGUCUGCUUCCUCAAUGAGCCUGGAGAGACUGCCCUGGUGUUGAAUUAGAUCUGGGAUGUGGAGUGAGUGUUUGGGGACAGCAGACAUUCAGACUCAAUCCUCUCUUCUCGUUCUUUCUCCUUUAACACUCUGAAUCUGCCCUAAGUACAGUGACCAGUUCCCCCUCUGUGUUUCUGGACAAUUGUGACAGGUUAUUUUGCUAUUGGAGGUCCCAAGGGCUCCGACCCCUCACACUUACCCCUAGAGCCAAUAUCAUUAAGUAGAAUCCCCAGGCUGCCAUUGGGCACUCUUCUCUGAGAUAGUUCAUUACCUUAGGCCCUUGUCUCCACCACGUGCUAAACAAGCCACUUUACAAAUUUUGCAAUCUUACAAGUACUGUCACAGUGGACGCCUGAAGGGUCAUCAAAGGUGGAAUGGGGUCCUUUCUCAAUAUGUAUGCCCAUUUUUCCCAUAUAUGAGCAAAUUUCA